AGCCCGCCAAACAGUUUAUUGAAAUCAAUCCGUGGUGUCGGUUGAAAGCGCACGAAGAGGAAAUCGAAAAAUUUUCAUUUAAAUAAAUAUUAAAUUAAAAUAAUAAAUUGAAAAUAGUGAAAUAAACUAAUUAUAGCGUUUUAAGAUGACGAAUUCUACAAUUGCGAUACCAGGUGACAAACAAAAGUCAACAUCAGUCUUUACAUUGAAUGAUUUCAAUUCUCGGUCAAAUUUAACCGAAAAAGCACAACUCAGCGAUGAUUAUUGCACAGCCGAUCAUCGUGAUCCAGCCAAAAGUCAAACUUCAAUGGCUGCACUGAUGCAUUUCCUCAAGAGCUCAUUGGGCACUGGUAUUUUGGCUAUGCCAAUGGCCUUUAAAAAUGCAGGCUUGGUGUUUGGCUUGUUUGCUACAAUGGUGUUGGGUUUCCUGUGUUCCCAUUGUAUACACAUAUUGGCCAAAACUUCACAACAGGUCUGUAAGGACAUAAAAGUUCCUGCCUUGGGUUUUGCUGAGACCGUGGAAAAAGUUUUCGAAAAUGGUCCGAAAAGAUUGCGAUCAUGGUCGAAAUUCGCGAAGCUAUUCGUUGAUAUCGGUCUUAUGUGCACCUACUACGCAACUGGUUGCGUUUAUAUGGUCUUCAUCGCUACAUCGUUUCACGAUGUCAUCAACUAUGACACUGGCCUUGAUUGGGAUAUACGCACAUAUAUAGCCAUGACUGUAAUACCUUUUCUAUUAAUCGGGCAAAUAAGAAGCUUAAAAUUGCUUACGCCUUUCUCUGUAAUAGCUAAUAUUUUUAUUGUGAUUACAUUCAGCAUAGUUUUGUACGAUCUGUUUAGCGCACCAUUCGUAUUCUCCGAUAAAGUUUUGAUUGCAAAGCCAACACAAUUACCAUUAUAUUUUGCUACCGCCAUCUUUUCUAUGGAAGGUAUUGGUACUGUUAUGCCAAUUGAGAAUUCAAUGAAGAAACCACAACAAUUCCUCGGCUGCCCGAGUGUAUUGAAUAUUGCAAUGACCAUUGUUAUCUCAUUAUUCGUAAUUGUCGGCUUUUUUGGUUAUGAGCGUUAUGGUGAUGGCAUACUUGGUAGCGUUACAUUGAACCUGGCAGAGGGAACAUUUUUGGGUGACAGUGCGAAGUUACUGAUGGCCCUUGCCAUAGCGUUAACAUUUGGCAUUGUUUUCUAUGUACCAAGUGAAAUUCUGUGGAAAUUGAUCAAUCAUAAAUUCAAUGAAAGAUAUCAUAAUAUCACACAAAUUAUUUUGCGUACUGCCAUUAUACUGAUUAUUGGUGCCUUGGCGGCAGCAAUACCCAAUCUGGAACCGUUCAUAAGUCUUGUGGGUGCGAUUUUCUUCUCAUUGCUUGGAAUUUUUAUACCGAGCGUUACUGAGACUAUUUAUUUGUGGCCCAAUCGCUUGGGUUGCUGCAAAUGGAAAUUGUGCAAGAAUAUAUUUUUAGGCGUCUUUGCGAUGUGCGCGCUUGUGGCUGGCGCUACGGCGAGCAUAAGCGAAAUUAUCGAAAUGUAUAAGUGAUAUGCAAGCAAUUGCGGCAACAGUGCUCAAUCUUCAAGCACACAACUGUCUUGUAGGCAUUUGUGAAACAAUAAAUUUGCUUCCCACCAGCUUGAAUUUUUGUUCACCUGCAUAGCCUUUCUAGAGUCAACCUUUAUAAGAAACGUGGAUUUAUUUGGCAUUUGCAAAGAUACGUGAUGCGAGAAAUUUCCUUUGGGUUACCUUGGGACAGAAUAUGAGGUUGAACGACAGUGAAUACAAAAAAGAAACAAAGACUUUAGCAAUAAACUGCGAACGAUAAACACUGAUACCAUAAAAUAAGAAAAACAGUAUUGUAAAAUAUAUUUUUAGUAUUUAUAUAUAUAUGUAAAAACUUCUUAUCAUUUUACAUCAGCAGUUGGUAGAUUUAUUAGGCAGAACGCUGAUAAGACUUAGCAGCAUUUACAUGAACACAUACAUUAUACAAAAGAAAGAAACAUAAGACUUACCAAGUUUCGCAUUACAAAUUGUCUUAUUUAAACUGUUAUGCUGUUUUCUUAACAAAAUUUUGUUAGUAUUUACACUUAUUUUGAUAACUUUCUAAGAUUUCCGCCAUUCGUUUUCUUGACAACAUUUCCGUAUUUGCUCCUUUGAUUCACAAUAGUAGUUUGCACAGCGAAAUUUUCUCAUAAAUCCAGCGAUUUGAAUAAAAAUUUUGUUGCAAACUUUCUGUAGACUUCAUAUAUGUUUAUUUGCAUACACAAUAAUUUCAGUUUAUGGUAGAAUUUUCGAAAAUUUGUUUUAUUUUGCUUGCGAACGUAAAGAAGUUUUUAACACGCUACUCUAUUGUAAACUUCAUCGGUUAAUUGCGAUAUACAGCUGACGUUUCCGUAGUAAACUUUUAAAGUUGGUUGAAGUAUUUACCUGCGCGUCUACUAAAUUGAAAACAAUAAAAUAUUGCAUACAUCUUCCGCUCUAAAUUUUCGCCACAAACAGCUUAAUCUCAACAACAAAAAGUUGCAAUUGGAAAUAUAGUAAAAGGCUAUUCUAUUUUGUUUUCGCUUUCUGCUUGUUUUUAGCUUCCGGUGACCCCAUCCGCUUUCCGCAUCAGCAUUCCGUUUCUUCUAUUCUUCUCGGUAUCGUUACUUCCGGUUCACAUCAUUAUGCAUAUCUGCGCGGCCCUACAACCGGUACUGUUUCCUGUAUACAGUUAGUUAAUUAACUACAAUGGCAAUCUUGUAACUUUAAUUCCAAAUUAUUUAUCAAAACGCGUUUUUGCUCAAUAAAAAUGCAAUAGCUCGUUGUAUUUCAAGUUUAAUUUUCACUAUAUUUUACUAAUUUAGUGGCGAAAAAAAU